UUUCCUCCUUCCCUUCAACCUUCGCAGAGCCGCCAACCAAAUACCAAAUCUCUCAGCCAGAUGUACACUCAGCACUUCCAGGAGAACCACUUGAGUUGCGCUGUCAAUUGAAAGACGCCGUCAUGAUCAGUUGGACUAAGGAUGGGGUCCCUUUGGGGCCCGACAAUAGGACAGUGAUUAUUGGGGAGUACUUACAAAUUAAAGAUGCUUCACCCAGAGAUUCGGGCCUCUAUGCUUGCACUGCUAUUAGGACCCUAGACAGUGAUACUCUGUACUUCAUUGUAAAUGUUACAGAUGCUCUUUCUUCUGGGGAUGAUGAAGAUGACAAUGAUGGGUCUGAGGACUUUGUGAAUGACAGCAACCAGAUGAGUAAGUAGCAGCACGCUGCCGGAGGUGCCUGGCAAGAUAAGCUUCACAUGGAAAAUAGCAUCCAGUUUCUUGCACUCCUGCCUUCAGAGCUCCUCGACUGUUAACUGCAUGUGCUAUCAAAUAGUGGUAUCUUCUGUCCUCUUCCAUUUUCUGUUUCUCCUGGUUCGUAAUUUGGAGCAAAAAGAAAAAAU